GCAGUCGUGUUUUAGCUUCGAUCUUAAUAGGACGUGCUUUUCCUUUGUUUCCGUUGAGAAUAUUUAAAAACAAGUAAGAAAAAAGAAUUAAAUAAAUAAUCAAAAAGUUAAACUUUUUUUUGUUAUUGUAUUGAUGUUUCACUAAAAAAAUAAAUUUUGUCAGUGCUCGUUGUCUCAUAAAAAAUAUUAAAGUGAAAGAAAUAAAAAGAAAGAGAAUAAAAAUAAAUAAAUACUUUUAACUAAAUGAAAGAAAGAAAGAAAAAGAAAAUCACAAGGAAGAUGAAAAUUGGAUUAAACCGCAGUUUGUCGACAACAGGAGAUAAUUAAAUGGAAAUUUAUGGUUCUUGAUGUGCUUUACUCAUUUAUUCUCCAUUCAACAUCGCGGCUGCAAUGCAAUGCUGAGUUGUUUCAGAGCAAUUGAAUCAAAAUAAAAAUAAAGAAAACCUCAAUAAUGGAAUAUCGAUGUAGUAAACGAGAAUAACCGUCUCGAGACGAAGAAAAAUAUCACAAACCGCA